AUGGAACGCUGCCGUUGGGCAACUCCUGGCGUGACAACGCUCCUCUUCCUGGCUUUUCUACUCCUGAGUUCCAGGACAGCUCGAUCUGAGGAAGACCGUGAUACAUUGUGGGAUGCCUGGGGUCCAUGGAGUGAAUGCUCCCGGACUUGUGGAGGAGGAGCCUCCUAUUCACUGAGACGCUGCCUUAGCAGCAAGAGCUGUGAAGGACGUAAUAUUCGAUAUAGAACCUGCAGCAAUGUGGACUGCCCUCCAGAAACAGGAGAUUUUCGGGCCCAGCAGUGCUCGGCUCACAACGAUGUCAAGUAUCAUGGCCAAUUUUACGAAUGGCUGCCCGUGUCAAAUGACCCCGACAACCCAUGUUCUCUGAAGUGCCAGGCCAAAGGGACCAGCCUUGUUGUUGAAUUAGCCCCUAAAGUUUUAGAUGGCACACGAUGCUACACAGAAUCACUGGACAUGUGUAUUAGUGGUUUAUGUCAGAUUGUUGGCUGUGACCACCAGCUGGGAAGCACCAUCAAGGAAGAUAACUGUGGAGUCUGCAAUGGAGAUGGUUCCACCUGCCGGCUGGUCAGAGGGCAGCACAAAUCGCAGCUCUCAGCAACCAAACCUGACGAUACCGUGGUUGCCAUUCCCUAUGGAAGCAGACAUGUUCGCCUUGUCUUAAAGGGACCUGAUCACUUGUAUCUGGAAACUAAGACUCUUCAGGGUACAAAAGGUGAAAACAGCCUCAGCACCACAGGCACCUUCCUCGUAGACAAUUCCAGUGUGGACUUUCAGAAGUUUCCGGACAAAGAGAUAUUGAGAAUGGCCGGACCCCUCACUGCAGAUUUCAUUGUCAAAGUCCACAAUGCCGGGGCUGCUGAUAGCACUGUUCAGUUCAUCUUUUAUCAGCCCAUCAUACACCGGUGGAGAGAGACUGAUUUUUUCCCUUGCUCAGCAACCUGUGGAGGAGGUUACCAGCUGACCUCGGCUGAGUGUUAUGAUCUGCGGAGCAGCCGGGUUGUAGCAGAUCAGUACUGCCACUAUUACCCAGAGAACGUCAAACCCAAACCAAAGCUUCAAGAGUGUAACUUGGACCCCUGUCCUGCCAGUGACGGCUACAAGCAGAUCAUGCCCUAUGACCUCUACCAUCCCCUUCCUCGAUGGGAAAGCACACCAUGGACAGCCUGCUCCUCCUCCUGUGGAGGUGGUAUCCAGAGUCGGACGGUUUCCUGUGUAGAAGAAGACAUCCAGGGGCAUGUCAGUUCAGUGGAAGAAUGGAAAUGCAUGUACACUCCUAAGAUGCCUAUUGUACAGCCCUGCAACAUUUUUGACUGUCCUAAGUGGCUGGCACAAGAGUGGUCUCCGUGUACUGUGACGUGUGGACAAGGGCUCAGAUACCGAGUAGUACUCUGUAUUGAUCAUCGAGGAAUGCAUACAGGUGGUUGCAGCCCUAAAACAAAGCCCCACAUAAAAGAAGAAUGCAUCAUACCGACUCCCUGCUAUAAACCUAAAGAGAAACUUCCUGUGGAAGCCAAGCUGCCAUGGCAUAAGCAAGCCCAAGAGCUGGAAGAAGGAGCCGUGGUGUCAGAAGAGCCCUCAUUCAUCCCUGAGGCCUGGUCAGCCUGCACGGUCACCUGUGGUGUGGGCACCCAGGUGAGGAUGGUGAAGUGCCAGGUGCUGCUGUCUUUCUCCCAGUCUGUGGCUGAUUUGCCCGUCGACGAAUGUGAAGGUCCCAAGCCAGUCUCCCAGCGUGCCUGCUAUGCCGGACCUUGCAACGGGGAAAUUUCUGAGUAUAAUCCUGAGGAGACAGACCUGCUCUAUGGUGGCCUGCAGGAUUUUGACGAGUUGUAUGACUGGGAGUAUGAGGGCUUCACGGAGUGUUCGGAGUCCUGUGGAGGAGGUGUCCAAGAGGCUGUGGUGAGCUGCCUGAACAAACAGACGCGGGAGACCGCAGAUGAAAGCCUGUGCGUGACUAGCCGCCGGCCACCGAAGCUCCUGAAAUCCUGCAAUUUGGAUCCCUGCCCUUCAAGGUGGGAGAUUGGCAAGUGGAGUCCAUGCAGUUUAACCUGUGGAGUCGGCCUACAGACCCGAGAUGUCUUCUGCUCCCACUUACUUUCCAGAGAGAUGAACGAGACUGUGGUGCUGGCAGAUGAACUCUGCCACAAGCCCAAGCCCCCCGUAGUGCAAGCUUGCAACCGCUUCAACUGCCCACCAGCCUGGUACCCUGCCGAGUGGCAACAGUGUUCCCGGUCCUGUGGAGGGGGCAUUCAGAAAAGAGACGUUCUUUGCAAGCAACGCAUGGCUGAUGGCAGCUUCCUCGAGUUGCCAGAGACCUUUUGCUCGGCCCCAAGGCUCGCCUCCCAGCAAGCCUGUAAGAAUGAGGACUGUCCCCAUGAAUGGCUUCUCUCUGAGUGGACACAGUGUUCCACGAGCUGCGGAGAGGGCACCCAGACUCGGAGUGCCAUUUGCAGAAAGAUCCUGAAGUCUGGAGAGUGGGUCAUUGUCAACUCUUCCCUGUGCCCGCCAUUGCCUUUCUCUUCCUCCAUCCAGCCCUGCAUGCUAGCAGCCUGUGCGAGGCCCAGUCGCCCGUCUCCAAAGCACAGUCCUCACAUUACGGCCGUCAGGAAGAUCUAUAUUCAGACCCGGAAACAAAGGAAGUUACACUUUGUGGUGGGAGGCUUUGCCUACCUGCUUCCCAAGACUUCUGUGGUCCUCAGGUGCCCCACACGGAGGUUCCGAAAGCCUCUCAUCACCUGGGAGAAGGAUGGCCGGCAUCUCACCAGCUCUGCCCACAUCACAGUGGCCCCUUUUGGCUACCUGAAGAUACAUCGUCUUAAGCCCUCGGACACAGGCACUUACACCUGCUCUGCAGGACCGGCUCAGGAGCAUUUUGUGAUCAAGCUCAUUGGGGGCAACCGUAAGCUUCUGGCCAGACCCUUGGGACUGAGGGCCGAGGAGGAGCCCCCCACCGUGAGGAAGAACAGCCCAAAUGAUGCCCUGCGCACCCAGGAGAAGCACCAGAAUGGAAUUUUUUUCAAUGGCAGUAAGGCCGAAAAGCGGGCCCCGGCAGUUGACCCAGGGAGCCGCUAUGAUGAGAUUGUCUCCAGGUUGCUGGAGCAGCGGGCGUGGCCCGGAGAGCUGUUCACCUCCUGGGAGGCCCCGGACUCUACAGAGAGGAACACCUCCUCAGAGGAGGACCAGAAUCCGGAGCAAGCCCUUCUCCACCUGCCCUUCACCAUGGUAACCGAGCAGCAGCGGCUCGAUGACCUCCUGAGGAACAUCUCUCACCAGCCUGAGGAGCUGCAAGACGUGUACAGCAAGCACUUGGUAGCCCAGCUGGCGAGGGAAAUCUUCAGGACUCACCUGGAGCAUCAGGACUCGCUCCUCAAGUCCACAGAGGGAAGAGUCUACCCUGUGGCCAUCCCUCCCCACAAACACGUGUCUGGCUUCAGCAGCUCCCUCCGCGUCUCCUCUGCAGGUUCCUCAGGAGAGGUGAGAAGUGGCCAACCACACAGGAAGCCAGUGAUAUUGAGGAAGAUCUCAGCUGCCCAGCAGCUCUCGGCCUCUGAGGUGGUCACACACCUUGGGCAGACUGUAGCCCUUGCCAGUGGGACACUGAGUGUCCUUCUGCACUGUGAAGCUGUGGGGAACCCGAAGCCUACCAUCACCUGGGCCAGGAAUGGGGAAGAGGUGCAGUACAGCGAUCGAAUUGUUCUGCAACCAGAUGAUUCCUUACAGAUCCUAGCACCUGUUGAAGCUGAUGUGGGUUUCUACACUUGCAAUGCCACGAAUGCCCUGGGAUCCGACUCAGUCUCCAUUGCUGUCACUUUAGCAGGAAAACCAUUAGUGAAGACAUCAAGGAUGGCUAUGACCAAUACAGACUUACCUGCUAUCACAGUCGAUGUGGGAAGUGUCAUUAAAACUAUCCAAGGAGUAAAUGUGACAAUCAGCUGCCAAGUUGCAGGUGUGCCUGAAGUAGAAGUCACUUGGUUCGGGAAUAAAAGCAAACUGGCUCCCCUUCACCACCUGCACGAUGGCUCCCUGACGAUUACAAAUGUCUCCUUUUCUGAUCAGGGGCUCUACUCCUGCAGAGCAGUCAAUCUUCAUGGAGAAGUGACCGAAAACACCCAGCUAGUGAUCCUAGAUCCACCCCAUCCCCCUUCUGAAGAGGAAAACAUGAAGGCCCUGCUUUCAGCCAAUGGACCCAACCUUCCCUCUGUGCUGACUUCUCCUCUGGGAACACAGCUGGUCCUGAGUCCUGGGAAUUCUGCCAUCCUUGGUUGCCCAGUCCAAGGCCAUCCUAUGCCUAAUAUCACCUGGUUCCAUGAUCAUCAGCCUAUUGCUACAUCAGCAGAACCAACAUACCGCAUGUUAGCAGCUGGGCAGAUUCUUCAGAUUACAAAUGUCAGUGGAGGGUCUCAGGGUGAAUUCAGCUGCCUAGCUCAGAAUGAGGCUGGAAUGCUAGUGCAGAAAGUAUCUCUCGUGAUCCAAGAAUACUGGUGGUCAGUGGACAAAUUGGUGGGAUGUUCAGCCUCAUGUGGGAACAGAGGAGUUCAACAACUCCAGCUGAAGUGUGUGCUGAAUAACACCGAGGUCAACCCUUCAUAUUGUGCAGGAAAGGCUAAACCAGCUGUCCAACCUGUAGCCUGCAACCGAAGAGACUGCCCAUCCCGGUGGAUGGUAACUUCUUGGUCAUCCUGCACUCGAAGCUGUGGGGGAGGGGUCCAGACUCGUCGAGUUACAUGUCAAAAGCUGAAAGCCACUGGAGUCUCGGUACCUAUGUCCAAUGAUAUGUGUUCCCAACUGGCCAAACGACCUGUGGACACCCAAGCAUGUAAUCAGCAGCUCUGUGUGGAGUGGGCCUUCUCUAGUUGGGGCCAGUGUAAUGGGCCAUGCAUCGGGCCCCGCCUGGCCGUGCAGCACAGACAGGUCUUCUGCCAGACAAGGGAUGGAAUCUCCUUACCUUUUGAGCAAUGUAGUGCCCUCCCAAGGCCUGUGAGCACUCAGAACUGCUGGGCGGAAGCCUGUGGAGUACACUGGAGGGUCAGCCUGUGGACACUGUGCACAGCAACAUGUGGCAACUAUGGCUUCCAGUCUCGCCGAGUGGAAUGCGUGCACAUCCGCACUAACAAACCCGUACCAGAACACCUGUGCUCCUGGAGACCCCGCCCCGCCAACUGGCAGCGCUGCAAUAUCACCCCUUGCGAAAACAUGGAGUGCAGAGACACCACCAGGUACUGCGAAAAGGUGAAGCAGCUGAAACUCUGCCAGCUCACCCAGUUCAAAUCUCGCUGCUGUGGGACUUGCGGCAAAGCCUGAAGAUGGGAGCAGGGCCUUGCUCUGCUCUGGCCCCACACAAAGGACUGGUGCAACCAAGCGGGACAGAACUCAAGCCUUCUUCAUUUUAUUUAUUUAUUUUCCCCUUUCUUCUGCCUCCCUCCCCACCCCCCACACACACCCUCAUUUGACUCCCUCCCUGGACCCCCUCCUUGAUUAUAAGGGCCUCGACAAGCUUUCCCUUCCACACUUCUGGAAGAUAGAAUGCGAUAAAGGCAGGAAUAGCUAGAAUUAUAAAAGGAAAGGAAGAAAAAGGUUCUAGGCUGAGUCAGGCCCAGAAGAAGCAAGCUGCUUAAGGGGGCUUCCCCCUACGAUGACACAGAGAAGCUAGGGAAAGGUGAAGUCCACCAAAGCCACCACCGAUGCCAUGGGCCCCAAGGGGCAAAGCCUCCACCAUGCCUAGUUAGCUCAACAGACAGGAGGAGGAAAAUUGAAAAAAAAAAAAGUGGAGGGGGUAGAUUUGUAUGUAUUUACACAAACUUUGGACAACUAACAGGGUGUUUGUUUUGUUUUAGAAGAGUGUGUGUGUGUGUGUAACACAGGAUUGUCUCAGUUUGUCUCAUCUGCCUGCCAUAUCCUCUUUGUCAUAAUGAGGACGACUGGAGGGAACCAAGAAGAGCAGGCAUUGAGCUGGAAUGGGAACCAGUCUAGAACCCAGCCCUUCUCCUUCUUUAAGGGGGAAAGUAGGAAAUAAGGUCAUAAGUGAAUGGGAUAUAAAGGGAAUGAAUUGAUAGUGAAGGGGAUGAAGGAAGAAGGACUAAGAAUUAUGAGGUACAGUAUUAUCUAUAAAACAAAGGGGAUGGGGAAAGAGACAGGGAAAGGGUGCGUACACCCUUCCAAUGGAACCCAGUUCCAAUGGGAACUGGAGGUAUAGUCUGGUACCAUGUCAGAGGUCGUCCUUGACUUAAGAGUUGAAAGGGACAUUGGAAGUCAUCUAUUCCAACCUAUUUUACAGAUGACAAACCCAAGGCCCAAAUAUGUUAAGUGACUUACUCAAGGUCACAUAGUAAGCAACAGGGCUGGGAUUUGAACCCACAACCUCUGAUUCCAAUCCAGCCCACUUUCCUUUGCAUAACCCUGCCUCAUAAGAACCAGUUAUGCUGGGCUCAAAAAUGCCAUGUGUCCCUUCAACUCAUGGGCAUGUGCUCCCUUAAGUCAGCCCUCAGAGCUGGCAAAGUGCUUUCUGUUUGGUAAAUGCCCAAAUCCUUCCCUUGGGAAUGAGGGAGGCUUCUGGGGAAGCGAAAUUCCCCAUUUGAGGCCAUUCUUUUCUAUGCUGCAGCAUUCAAACAGGAUGGCCUAGUGACUUGUAGUGGCAGGGGCUUUCUAUUGACUGGCCAAUGGCACUGUAGGAGCUAUGUGUGGAAUAGCAGGGACUGGAAAGCUUCAGCCUUCUCUCUCCGUGCCUUACAAGUAGGUGUGUCUUGGGCAGUGGAAGGACCUGGCUCUUGUGAGGCCUUUCUGCCUUUGUAGCUCUGGCAGUCAAACAAGGUUGUAACCCCCUGUUAUUUUGUAUUAGAAAGCUUCAUUCAACCAACCAUGAGCUCCCCAACACUAAUCACCAUUAUGCUUCAAAGGCACACAAAGACUUUAUUUGGGAGACUGAUUUUGGAACAACUUCCCGUUUCCCUUGUUAUGGCAAAACCUGGUCACCGAUGCCAUACAUAGCACACUAAUGACUGGGGAGGGGUAGUGCCUCUAGAGUGAGCCACAGUGCUGCCUCUCUGCCCACACCAGGAUAAGGCACUACUCAACUCUGGGAGUGCUACCACCAGUGCCCCAGCUCUAUCUUCAGCCUUAAAAUUCAUUUGGGGAAGUCGACAUCAAGGUCAACGGCAAUGUUCCUCUGCCGUAUCUUUCCCCCAUGAAGCAAUGAGGAAAUGGUCAGAAUGUGUAUCUCUCCGUACUUCCUCUUCCUCCAGAAAUGGGCUCCCAGAAAUCAUGUUACUUAGAAUCAGUGUAAGUUUUAUUUAAAAUAAAAAGAGAAUGUCUUCUAUGUCUGUAUAUCUUUUGUGUAUAUUUAUUAGGAUUUCUUGUAUAAAAAGUGCAAUAUUAAUAAUUGUACAUGAUGUUGUCCAGAUAAAACUAUCCGGGGUGGGGGGGGAACCUUUUAAUGAUCUUCCUGAAAUUGUGUUCCUGUCAAAUCGGUGGUGAUAUUGUAUGUUUUUCUCUUUUAAAUGGCACUUGACAUCUAACUUGGGAAUACAUUCAUUCACUGUGUACAGAAUACAUGGUAAACUCUUACAUGUGGGAUGAUGGGGCAAUGAGAGGAGCUUAAUUUGUGACAUGGUAGUUUUGCAUGGAAUAAAGGGCAGAUCCCUUUAAUAAUAAUGGAGUGAUUGUUUCUAGUUCAGUAGCUAAUGGAAAACAGUGGGAAACUGUACAUUUCAUAACUAGUGAAACCUUUCCAGUGCAAUCACCAGUACGGUUUUUGCACCUGGGACUAUGCUUUGCAGAAAUCCCCAGAGAGCCACAAUUUGGAAUGGAAAACCCUGAGCUCUCUUGCAUGGAAUGAAUGUACUUUCAAAUGUUUGUGAACUGUGACUUGGCAGCAUCGAAAUAAGAGGAGAAGGGUUGCUAAAUACUGUGGAAGGAUGUGACUCCUCCCUGAAAAACA